AAUUGCGGAUAUCACGGAAGUCAGAAAAAAUCCUGAGAAACCGGAAAUCUCAAUCCAACAUCCUUGUCUUGAAUUGAUUUCCUUUUUGUUAUGUGGCGUAGCGUCUUUUUUCCGUAGUGGUAGUCGUGUAUUCAAUUGUUUAUUUGAUGUAGGUGAUAAUAUAGAAGAAGCACAUCUUGCAUCACUCGCUGGUCGUGAAGCAUUGUUUUCUUAUAAGAACUAUAAUUGUGAUGCUAUUUCGUGACCGUUGGUUUCUUCGUCUGCCGCGUCAAUCUUCGCCCUUUGUAGUGGCGAUUCUUAUUGCUGCGACAGGUUGCUGGUCGAUAGUUGUGGCGAACCCUCCUCCUUAUCAUGCAAAUGUACGGCAUCGGCUGCAGCGGCACUUCGAGUGGCCGGAGCCGUGCGACGAUGUUAGACAAGAAGUACCAGCCAUGGACCGUUUGACACGACGAAAAUUUAUAUGACAGAGGAAUGAUUACUCAUACUCAAGAGCUAGACUGCCCUCUAGGGAGUUGUGUAUGUAUUUACCCAGCUAGAACUGGAUUCUGUUUCGUACUGGAUCCGGUCUCGUUCUUAGAGAGUGAGUAAGACUUCUUCUGUCAUAUCUCAACGAAUUUGUUGAAAGCGGUGGUCCAUUUAUUCUUGGCCGAGGAAGCAGGGUUGCACCCACUGCAGAUGAUUGCGGCACAUUAGUCACACUCACACUUUGCAUCCCCCGCAUCACUCAGACGCUCGGGCGUCUUUUUCUAAUUUCAUGUGAAAACACCUAGGUGAUACUUGUAAGGGUGUUAGAUAAACUAGGGCUACAAAAGCUGUGUUUCUAAGAAGCGAGAAAAGAAGAUACCGAGCAUCAGCAAGACCUGCUGGCGAUCUUAGACAAUGUCCGCGUACCUCACUUGGGAUUGAGUCACCUGUCAUCGAUCACCCUUCCCCUUCUAGCACCACGCGACGAUGCUGGAGAAGGGUCCGUCGAUGUUGAGGGAGAGGAGGAGGUUUUGCGCGAGACGUGGUCGGAGCCUCACUGCUUCGCGACAGCUGCGACAGUCCACGACGGAUCAAUUUCGGUCGCUCUUCGUUUCCCUGGGUCGCUUUCUAAUGGGUCUUCACGAAAGCACGACGACACCGAUGAUAGAUCACCUGACUUUGUGACAACACUGCAUCCUGGGGACCUGCUGAUUUAUCCACCAGCAACACAGUUUCGAGAAUUCCGUGCAUUGUCGAGUUCUGCAGGAAGCACCAAAGGGAGCAGGAGUGUAGAGCAAGGGUUUCCGCAAAUGCAGCGCGUGGCGGUGACCGCGCCGCUUCCGGCACGAUUAUUGCAAGUCCUAGGCGGGGACACGCGUGGAGGCGCCUGUCGCGAGGUGCGACGAGACCUGGCGUUGCUGGGAGUGCAGUUUCCUUUGCUACCGUCGAUGCGAACCGCAGUCAUCGAGGCCGCUAAGCGAGUUGCUGAGGAGAUCGAUACGGAUGCCAAUGGCGCGGUGGAUGCGAAUGAAGCUACUGCUUACUUCAAAAGCACCAAUGUCGGGCGCGGCGCUGCGCAGCCCUACUUUCCGGACCUGCUCGCGUACCAUGACCUCAAUCGCAAUUCAAAGUUGGAAGCAAACGAAAUCAUUUCCGGGUUAGCACAGUUUUCUGUUGAUCGUUUUGAAGCGCGACAAAAAUAUGAGCAGCGCAGAGGGAGUAAGGAGAAUACCUGAGAAACAUAAAGAAUCAUGUCCAGCAUGACGAGAACACUACUGUGGCAAGAACUUACACGUCAAUAAACAUGGCGUGUACAGCACUAGCACCAUUGUGGAAGAUUCUAAACUUGAGACCAACGCAUACGGUGAUACGAUGAUCGCAUCAUGCCCCCCGCGACCUUUCUACUGCAUACAUCGUGGAAAACUAAACGAAUGCUCAGGGAUGAUAUCAACUACACACUAAGCAUUUGGAAGUUGUAAUGAUCUUUGUUCGUGUAGAGAAAUGCGCAUCACAGACUCACGCAUUCACUAUCAAUUGUUGCACCAACAACUCUAUUGGAUGAAGAAUCGAAGAGACACCUUGCAUCCGCAUAUCCAGUGGAG